UCGCGCUGUUUGAGCCUCUGAAGAUCUAUCUGCGCGCAGGAGGAGGAGCUGUCAAAGUUUGACUUUCUCGGAGAAGGAGAAACAAGUCUUUACUAACAGAACUACUCGUUUCAAGUCGUUUCAGUCGGAAUAUCGCGUCUUGUCGACAUGGAGUGACUCCUUCUCAUCAAGGAGCUUCGAGAAAAAAAGAAUAAAAAAAAAAAACCUAAAAGACACGAUGGCUGCUCGUUUUCUCCUCUGGAUCAGCCUCACCUCUCUGCUCUACUUGGACUGCCGUGUUCAGGCGGAAAAGAAAGUAUGCCAGGGUAUCACCAACCGUUUAAACCUUCUGGGUUCUAACGAAGACCACUACCUGAACAUGGUGAAGACUUACAGCAACUGCACCGUGGUCCUGGAGAACCUGGAGAUCACCUACAUGGAGGAGCAUCGCGACCUGUCCUUCCUCAGAUCUAUUGAAGAAGUGGGUGGUUACGUCCUGAUUGCACUCAACACGGCCUCCAGGAUUCCUCUGGACAACCUGCGCAUCAUUCGGGGUCACUCUCUUUAUGAAGGGGAGUUUGCGCUUGCUGUGCUCGCCAAUUACGACAAAGCUACUGGUCAGGGCACCACUGAGCUGCUUCUGCCCAGCCUGACAGAAAUUCUAAAGGGAGGUGUAAAGUUUGCGAACAACCAGCUGUGUAACGUGGAAACAAUACAGUGGGAUGAUCUUGUGAAUACUGAAACCACACCCAGCAUGGAGCGCCCACAGGCGAGCAGCAACCCACUUUGUCAGACGUGCCACUCGAGCUGCUUCAACGGUUCAUGUUGGGCACCAGGUCCACAAAACUGCCAAACAUUGACGAAGCUGAACUGUGCCCAGCAGUGCUCCAAGAGAUGCAAAGGACCUUCACCGAGUGACUGUUGCAAUGAGCACUGUGCAGCCGGGUGCACGGGGCCCAGACCCACAGACUGUCUGGCCUGUCGGGACUUCCAGGACGACGGGGUGUGUAAGGACUCCUGCCCAGGCCUCAUGCGCUACGAUCCCAACCUGCACCAGCUGGUACCUAACCCACACGGGAAGUACAACUAUGGGGCCACCUGUGUGAAAAGUUGCCCACAUAAUUAUGUUGUGACUGAUCAUGGAGCAUGUGUGCGGUCGUGCAGUGGUGACACUUACGAAGUGGAUGAAGGAGGAGUCAGGAAGUGUGCCAAAUGUGACGGACUGUGCACGAAAGUGUGCGACGGACUUGGGAUGGGAAACCUAACUCACACCUUGUCUAUCAAUGCCACCAACAUCGACUCCUUUAAAAACUGCACCAAAAUCAAUGGCAACGUUGCUAUCCUUAAGACGUCAUUUAAUGGGGAUACAUACACCAAAACACCAAAAAUGGACCCUGCUCAGCUCGACGUGUUUAAAACGGUGAAAGAAAUUACAGGGUAUCUGUGGAUUCAGACGUGGCCUGACACUAUGAGCUCACUCAGCCCCUUUGAGAAUCUGGAGAUCAUUCGAGGAAGAACGAAGCGGGGUAGCCGCAGUGUGGUCAUGAUCCAGCUCAAUAUCAACUACCUGGGCCUUCGAUCUCUUAAAGAAAUCAGUGAUGGAGACGUUGUGAUCAUCAAGAACCAGAACCUUUGCUACACAAACAAAAGCCUUUGGGAGAAGCUCUUCAAAUCAAAAAACCAAAUUGCAACAAUAGAAGAAAACGCUGAUGCUGCCACUUGUACGCUGAAGAACAACAUUUGUGACAGGAAGUGCACCUCAGACGGCUGCUGGGGUCCGGGCCCGGACAUGUGUUUCACCUGCCGGGACUACAGUCAUGGUGGGACCUGUGUCGACUCCUGCAACAUCCUGGAAGGAGAGCCACGGGAGGCAGUUGUGAAUAAAACCUGCGUGGAGUGUGACCCCGAGUGUCUGCGCAUGAACGGGACCGCGACCUGCAGGGCGCCUGGUUCGGGAAACUGUACAAAGUGUGCCAACUUCCAGGAUGGGCUGUUCUGCGUGUCCCGUUGCCCCCAAGGCGUGCUGGGAGAGGAUGACAGCCUGGUGUGGAAAUACGCAGACGAGAAGAAAGUGUGCCAACUGUGCCACAAAAACUGCACUCAGGGGUGCACAGGACCUGGUCUUGAAGGCUGUCACAAUAAAAGGUCUGCAGGUCUGCCCAUGAUUGCAGCUGGUGUAGUCGGUGGUCUUCUGGCGGUCCUGCUUGCAGGAGUUUUUGUCUUUCUGUUGCUUCGUCGACGGCACAUCAAGAGAAAAAGGACCAUGCGCAGACUGCUGCAAGAGAGGGAGCUCGUUGAGCCUCUCACUCCAAGCGGACAGGCACCAAACCAGGCUCUGCUGCGGAUCCUAAAAGAACCUGAGUUUAGGAAAAUAAAAGUGCUGGGAUCAGGAGCGUUUGGAACCGUUUACAAGGGUCUGUGGGUGCCGGAGGGAGAGGAUGUGAAGAUUCCGGUGGCCAUCAAGGUUUUGAGAGAAGCCACAUCACCAAAGGCCAACAAGGAGAUCUUGGAUGAAGCUUAUGUGAUGGCCAGUGUAGAACACCCUCACGUAUGCCGGCUGCUGGGCAUCUGUCUCACCUCGACAGUGCAGCUCAUAACCCAGCUGAUGCCGUACGGCUGCCUGCUCAACUACGUCAAAGAGAACAAGGACAACAUCGGCUCUCAGCACCUGCUCAACUGGUGUGUGCAAAUAGCCAAGGGAAUGAACUACUUGGAAGAGCGCCACUUGGUGCAUCGUGACUUGGCAGCCAGAAACGUCCUGGUGAAAACUCCUCAUCACGUCAAGAUCACUGAUUUUGGCUUGGCCAAACUCCUAAAUGCAGACGAGAAAGAAUACCAUGCAGAUGGAGGAAAGGUACCCAUAAAAUGGAUGGCUCUUGAAUCUAUCCUGAACCGAACUUACACCCAUCAGAGUGACGUGUGGAGCUAUGGUGUAACCGUCUGGGAGCUGAUGACGUUUGGGACCAAACCAUAUGAUGGGAUUCCAGCCAGUGAAAUAGCUGGUAUCCUGGAGAAAGGGGAGCGUCUGCCUCAGCCUCCAAUCUGUACCAUCGAUGUCUACAUGAUCAUGGUGAAAUGUUGGAUGAUCGACGCAGACAGCCGGCCUCGUUUUCGAGAACUGAUGGCAGAGUUUACUAAGAUGGCUCGAGAUCCACCUCGCUAUCUGGUCAUUCAGGGUGAUGACCGCAUGACCCUACCAAGUCCUACAGAUAACAAAUUCUACCGCAGCCUGAUCAGUGGGGAGGACUUGGAGGACGGUGUCGAUGCAGAUGAAUAUCUGAUGCCACAGCGAGGCUUCUUCAGCAGCCCGAGCACCUCCUACACACCACUGCUCCACUCUACGAGCCUGAACAGCAGCAUUGGAACCUGCCACAGCAGAAAUGGUUUACUGAACGGAGUCCCGAGCAGAGACGGAAGCAUUGUUCUCCGAUACAUUCCUGACCCCACAGAUAAACUAUUAGACGAGGCCUUCCAGCCUGCUCCAGACUACAUGAACCAGAACGGGAUCUCAGAAGUAGUUAAUCCUAACUACCAGCAUUCUUGUUUGCCUCGCACUCUUCUUCCCACCAUCUCGUCAGAUGAUACGGAAACAGAGUACCUGAACUGCUUUAAGAACGGGACUUGCGAGCCCGAAUAUCUGAACAAGCUCCCGUCCCCCACCACCUUCCCACUCACCUCCAAUGGAACAAUUCACAGCAGUCAGGCCUACCAGCCCCAGACCAGCAUAGACAACCCAGAUUACCAACAGGACUUCACUCCCACCUUUAAGACCCACACAAAUGGACACAUACCAGCUGCAGAGAACGCGGGGUAUCUGGGCCCAGACUGAGGACUUUGUGGGACAAGAGAAGAGUUUUUCUGUUCCAUUUAGAAAGAUACUUUCUAUAUCUGGAAACACAUUUUGAAGUGGUACCAUCACUUAUGCUGUGUUUUGGAGCCUCUCUUUGUUUUGUUACAAAGAAUUUUUCCUCUCUACAAAACUAAAAAAAAGACUUUUUACUAAAAAAAAAAGCAGGAUGAAGUGUAAGUUGAAUGUGUCCCUGUUGAUUCUAGAACUGACAGACUAGACACGAAACAAUAUUAUCCUCACCAGGAAGGGAAGAUCUCUAAAUUUUCUGCACAAAAUACUGUCUGAUACCCAAAUAUGCAAGUACAGGAAAGCUUAGUCAAUGAUUUAACCUCCUUCAUUAUGUAAGAGGGCACAACUUUGCUUUGUAGACCUGCUACUUCUAUAUUCAAACCGUUUCUUUCAAAGAUUAUUGUAGAGGA